CCCUUUCUCUCGCUCCAACCCUCUUGUCUCUCUCUCUCUCACUCUCUCUCCUCAACUCUCUCUCUCUCUCGAUCUCUCGAAACUGAGCGCGAACAUCUCAAUCAAUGGCGACCGCCGUGGCGACUGAGACCGAUAAGAUCGCCAAUCUCCGAGCCGCCGUCGCCGGACUCGAUCAGAUCAGUGAGAACGAGAAAUCUGGAUUCAUCAGCCUCGUAUCGCGCUACUUGAGUGGAGAAGCUCAGCAGAUCGAGUGGAGCAAGAUCAAGACUCCAACUGAUGAGGUUGUUGUUCCUUAUGAAACCCUUGCUCCGCCCCCUGAAGAUGUUGAAGCUACAAAGAAGCUUCUGAACAAGCUUGCUGUGCUGAAGCUCAAUGGAGGGUUGGGGACGACGAUGGGAUGCACUGGUCCUAAGUCUGUUAUUGAAGUUAGAAAUGGAUUUACAUUUCUUGAUCUAAUUGUCAUCCAAAUUGAGUCGCUCAACAAAAAAUAUGGGUGCAGCGUUCCUCUUCUUCUAAUGAACUCUUUCAACACUCAUGAUGAUACAUUGAAGAUUGUGGAGAAAUAUUCUAAUUCGAGCAUCGAAAUCCAUACCUUUAAUCAGAGCCAAUAUCCACGUAUUGUUGUUGAAGAUUUUAUGCCUUUGCCAUGCAAAGGGAACGCUGGGAAGGAUGGCUGGUACCCGCCGGGUCACGGUGAUGUGUUCCCAUCCCUGAUGAACAGUGGCAAGCUCGACACAUUAUUGUCUCAGGGCAAGGAGUAUAUCUUUGUUGCAAACUCAGAUAACUUGGGCGCUAUUGUUGACUUAAAAAUCCUAAACCAUUUGAUCAACAACCAGAAUGAGUAUUGCAUGGAGGUGACUCCGAAAACUCUGGCUGAUGUGAAAGGUGGUACCCUGAUCUCAUAUGAAGGAAGGGUUCAGCUCUUGGAAAUCGCACAAGUUCCUGAUGAACAUGUGAAUGAAUUUAAAUCGAUCGAAAAGUUCAAGAUUUUCAACACCAAUAACCUAUGGGUGAACUUGAAGGCUAUUAAGAGGCUUGUGGAGGCUGAUGCACUCAAAAUGGAGAUUAUUCCAAACCCAAAGGAAGUUGAUGGUGUGAAAGUCCUCCAACUGGAAACGGCAGCUGGAGCAGCUAUUCGGUUCUUCGAUAAUGCCAUUGGAGUAAAUGUUCCUCGAUCUCGGUUCCUCCCAGUGAAGGCGACAUCUGACUUGCUGCUGGUCCAGUCUGAUCUGUACACCUUGGUGGAUGGCUUCGUAGUCCGUAACAAAGCUAGAGCAAACCCAGCAAAUCCCUCGAUUGAACUGGGUCCUGAAUUUAAAAAGGUUGGCAACUUCCUUAACCGCUUCAAGUCCAUUCCUAGCAUUGUUGAUCUCGAUAGCUUAAAGGUUUCUGGUGAUGUAUGGUUUGGAGCAGGCAUAGUUCUCAAGGGCAAUGUGACCGUCACAGCCGGUCCAGGGGAGAAGCUCGAAAUCCCUGACGGUGCAGUGCUUGAGAACAAGACAAUCAAGAGUUCUGCAGACAUCUGAGUUUCUUCUUCUUUGCUGUGUUUUUGUCUAAAUAUGGUGUCUAAGAGAUCGCGUGGCACUUCCCUCUGGUGACCCAGAGUGGCUUUUAUAUUGAUAAAUCUUAUAAUGCGUAACAAUGUGAAUUUUGAACACAUUUUGCCGAGGUUUAAACAAAUAAUAUGGAUAUGUUGUUGUUAUCGUUGUUAAA